AUGAGCCCCGCAGCCCCGCCGAAAGAGCACUUGUCUUCUGUCCCUGGCAUUCUUUCUAGCGACUAUAUCAGCUUAGCUGUGCCUGCUGCGGGAGAGAGUGAACGACCUCCUCCACCUGUCACAUACAUGUCCGCUCCAGCUUACCAGAGCCCUCUGCGACACCAUCGUCGUGCGGCCUCGCACAACAGACAGGUCAAAGAAACGCUCAAUGCGCACUCCGAGUACAGCAAUAGCGAAGAUGACGGGAGCGCCCAGCACCGCAUCAACCAGUACCUUAUCAAGCAAGAGAUAGGCCGCGGCUCGUUUGGUGCCGUGCAUUUGGCCGUGGACCAGUAUGGACAUGAAUAUGCCGUGAAAGAGUUCUCAAAGUCGCGCCUGCGGAAGCGUGCGCAGUCCAAUCUCCUCCGACGUCCGAGUGCCAGAAAUCGACAAAGACCUCAGCCUGCGAGGCUGGGCUUCAAUUCACCAUUACAUCGACACUCUUCUGACGAUGCAGCGGACCAUCCGGAAAACUCACUGGGCCUUAUCAAGGAGGAGAUUGCCAUCAUGAAGAAGCUAGACCAUCCGAACGUCGUUUCGCUAGUGGAGGUGCUGGAUGACCCCGAGGAGGACUCUCUAUACAUGGUUAUGGAAAUGUGCAAGAAAGGCGUGGUGAUGCAGGUUGGACUCGAAGAAAGAGCGGACCCCUAUCCCGAGGAGCAAUGCAGAUGCUGGUUCCGGGACAUGAUAUUGGGCAUUGAAUACCUCCAUGCCCAAGGUAUAAUACAUCGAGAUAUCAAACCAGACAACUGCCUCAUCACCGACGAUGACGUCCUCAAAAUCGUUGAUUUUGGCGUCUCAGAAAUGUUUGAAAAGGAGUCGGAUAUGAAGACAGCAAAAUCAGCAGGUUCCCCAGCUUUCAUGCCUCCGGAGCUUUGCGUAGCACGACACGGAGAGGUCUCAGGAAAAGCUGCUGAUAUUUGGUCAAUGGGGGUAACACUCUAUUGCUUAAUUUUUGGCAAAAUCCCGUUCGAAAAGACCGGUAUACUGGAGCUCUACGACUCAAUAAGGAACGAUGGACUGGACAUCGAGGGAGGCUGCUCCGAAGAUCUCAAAGACCUUCUACACAAGCUGCUGGAGAAGGUCCCUGAAAAACGGAUCCAGAUGGAGGACCUACGAAAGCAUCCGUGGGUGACGAAAGGUGGAACGGAUCCUUUGCUCCCAACAGACGAAAACAUCACCAUAAUAAUCAAUCCACCUACCGACCAAGAAGUUAAUGCUGCUAUUACAGGGAACAUGAAUCACUUGAUAACAGUGGUGCGAGCUGCUAAGCGAUUUAAGCAACUUUUAUUCAAGAAACGGCCAGACCUCAUGGAAGGGAUCUUGGGAAAAGGCUCUCGUAUCGUGCAACCUCCGCUGUCAAUAAGAGGUUCUUCUCAUUUCCGCACAUCCAAAUCACAAGACGCAGACGAUCGCCGACCCUUUGAAGGCGUCUUAGCAGCCGAAGGAAUCCAUCACGAUAUCGAACUUGAUGACGACAGCAACCACAUUCCAGUCAAAGCAACCGACGGGACUCACCCUCGCCAAAUCCAAGCACUUCCCAACGAGUCCGUAUCCAACUUGAAGGCACCCCGCGGCCUCGCUCGUUACCAUUCCGCUGGCGCCAGCAGCCUCGCCGCACGCGCAAAGCAAGCCGUGGAAGCAAACAGCAUCCGCGAACAGCCGUCCGUCGAAACCAUCAAGCCUCUGCGCAACAAAACGCCAACGCCACCACCAGCCCCCCACGCCGCUCUAGGCAAAGGCCAGGCGCACGACCCGCUCGAAGACACACUGUUCCUCCACAUCGGCACAGGCGAUGGCCUCGACGGCACUAGCGCGGACCCGGAUAACAAGAGCCUCGCCCCCGACAACUCUCACAUCAUCGUCAGCGAAUCGCCCUCGGCCGUGGACAUUGAUGUGUACGAGACGGCGUACCAGGAGGAAAUCCAGAAGAUUAUCAAAGCGAAAGAGAGUCGUGAGGGUGGGAGCAGGCCGACGCUGUACCUCACACGUAGAGUGGAGGGGAUCAAGGCGUUGAGGGAGAAUGAGUAUAUCCUCGAUACGGCGCGGUUGGGAGCGGAUACCGCGAAGCAGGGCUUCCAGAAGCUGGUGGAGAGGGCGAAGAGCGUGCAGAAAGAGCCUGGUGAGGGAGAGAAAGAGGGCUUGAUUGCUAAGGGAUUAAGGGGGCUAGCGACGGACAAAGAGGGGACAGGAGAGAAGAGUGGGGAAACGUCAGGGGAGAAGGACCACAAGGUGAAGGCUGAUAGGCUGGCGGAUGUCGUGGACAAGGCUGCUGAGAAAAGGCCUGAGAGCUCCCCUGAGAAGGCUCCAGAGACCGCAGAAACGACCGCAGAAACGACCCUAGAGAAGACUGAAGAAGCUAUUCCUGAGAAGGAAGCGAAGGUCGGGUUCAGAGAGGGCUUACUCGCUAGGGGUGCGAGGGGAUUGGAGAAGAUCAAAUCCGCAGUGGCGGAGAAAAAGGAGGCAAGUGCUGAGAAGAAGGAGGUUGCUAGUGCCAGCACUGGUGCUACUUGAGUAUUCCUAGGUUUCUGGAGAAUGAGACUCGGGUGCUUUGGAUAAGCUAGCGAGGGCUUUGGGUAUGUUAGAUGAGUUAGCGUCCAUUGGGACGACCUUGGUAUAAACGUGUGCCCCUAUCAAAAUUAUCUGGUAUGAUUAGGGUAGGGAGGCGAUGGGUUAGGUUGUGCGCCUAUGUAACAGUAAGAGGCUUGGGUACUGGAAGCAAUAGAAUAGUUAUUAGGCAUAUGAUGCA